UUGUUUUUAUAGUGCGGAAGUUCCGAUAAAUAUCGCACUGCAUCGAAAUAUUUUCAACCAUUUUCUUGCAAAAAUAAUUGGAAAUAUAACGAAUAUCCAGUAGACAAAACGGUCUCGCUGGUGGCCCGGGCCCAGCGGCUAGUCGCGAGCAAUGGCACACGCCAGCGGACUCUGGCUGGUGCUAAUCUGAAUAGCCAAAACGGCCCCCAGUGAUAGAUGCCAAAAAUUUGCAUAAAAAGUGAGCUAUUAAAAUGCAGAAAAUGUACGCGUUGCUGGCAACCUUGACAUUCUGGACGCUUGUACUGCGAUCGGAGCAGGCACAUCCAACGCCGUCGGUGCCGUGCGAUCGCAGCCGGAAGGUGUUCACGGAGCCCUACGGUGAGAUCUCCGACGGACCCUCCGGCUUCAAUUAUACACAGGAUUCGCAUUGCGAGUGGCUCAUUAAGGCACGCAAUGACAGUCAGUUUAUCACGCUGACCUUCCAUAGUAUGGGCACCGAGUGCUCCUACGACUACAUCUACGUCUACGACGGGGACUCCUUUAACUCGACCCUGUUGGGCAGCUUCAGCGGACGGACGCAGCCCCAGCGCCUGGUGGCCCGCAGCGGAAGCAUGCUCAUCUUGAUGUACAGUGACACAAACUACGUGCUGGAUGGCUUUCGAGCUUCCUACUACAUAACAAAUUGUCUGAACAACUGCCACAAUCAUGGAAAGUGCGUGGGUCACCAGUGCGUUUGCCACGGCGAGUGGGUGGGUCCUGAUUGCGAGGACGAGGCCUGUCCGCAGCGAUGUGGUGAAAGCCAAGGACGUGGACGCUGUCAAAAGAGCAUCUGCCACUGCUCGCGCGGUUUCAGUGGCCGGCUUUGCGAUCUUAGCGAUCAUCCAGCGGGAAGCAGUUGGCGCUGGCUGGCCACCGACGCCGAAGGCAUGACGCCCCGUGCUGCCCACACCGCAGUUUACAUUGAGGAUGAGGAUGCUCUUUAUGUGUUUGGCGGCUAUGACCUGAACAAUGUGAUUAGCACGCUGCAGAUUUAUCGCUUCAGCACCAGCCAGUGGGAGGAUGAAUGGGGCAUUGCGCUGCAGAGUCGUCGUCAUUUCUAUCAUCCGCAAAAAAUUGAUCAUACGUUGCUUAAGGCAGUACUUCAGCACAAGAACGAAGACGAGGCUAAGCUCUGGGGCCUCAACAGCGAUGUAAGCUUUUUCCGAAACAUUCUGUACACCCUGGCGGAAUCCAAUCUGCACCAGCGUCGCACUCGCUCCUCCUUGCCUCUUACCAUUGUGAAUGCCAACUCCACAGAUGAAGAGUUAAACGAGUAUCUGGAGGAUAUACUAGAAGAGGUUACAGAUCACAAGCCUCAUGGACGAUACGGCCAUGCGGCAGAUCGUGUGCCCGGCGGCUUUGUUAUCUAUGGUGGCAAGCACGCGAAUGGAAGUUUCUACAGUGAUCUGUGGCAGUACAACAACACGGAAAGCGGUGGCAAGUGGAAGCAGAUGGCCAUUAGGUCUGAGGUGAAACCUCCGGCUCUGGCCAGGCAUACACUAAACACAGCUGGAGCUUAUCUCUAUAUAUUCGGUGGUAGCCUAGAGACAGGUGAGUUCUCAUCCAGCGUGUAUCGUAUUCCCCUUCCUCUUUCCGAGGACUCGCAAUGGGAGCUGGUUCAACCGAGAGGAGGAAAGACAUUGGACGUUCGUUUGGCAGCGCAUUCAACGGUCUAUUACAAAGCUACCAAUUCACUAAUCGUUUUUGGAGGAAUCAUGACAAGUUUGGCCCGCUUUUCAAAGCUUUCCGAUCGGAUUUACGCUUUUCAACUAGACCAAAUGCACUGGACGGAGAUUUUAUAUCCUCGAACCGCUUUAAGGGACACAAAUAUACCCAGAGAAAGAGCAUUCCAUACAGCAACAAUUUCAGGCAACUACAUGGUGGUCUUUGGAGGCUAUACGCACCGUCACAAUAAGGAUGAAAUUUGUUACGACAACCAAAUGUAUUGGUACCAUCUCAGCUGUCAUAUUUGGAUAAAUCAAGUGGUUUCUGCCGAGGAUAGUCUGUAUCCGAAACCGCAGGGCGUAUUUGCCCAAGCUGCGGCUUUGCGUCGGAAUCACACUCUUUUGAUUGUGGGGGGCUACCAUGGAAAUGUUAAUGCAGACCUCUUUGCCUACGAACUUCCCCAGGUGCUAAGAGUGGAAAAUACACUUUAUAAUCCGGAGAUCUCCUGCAGAUUACAUGCCUCACACACCGCUUGUCUAUCGAAUCCAGAAUGUGGCUGGUGUUCGGCAGAUAGUAGCUGUUAUGGCCGCACGAUCGGCGCCAAUUGCACAACCAAUCUUCAGACCACUAGAUGCCCAGGAAUUUGCCCCUCACUCGGUGAUUGCCACUCAUGUUUAGUUCACGGUUCUCAGUGGGGAAAGUCAUCAGGAAAUAAAGCAGCUUUUUCGGUUGCCAGCAAACUAGGAUUAAAUGAAUGUACAUGGUGUGUCCAAAAUGCAAAAUGCCACCACCGUGAUGACAACUACGGCAUAUGCGGAGAUAGUUCAGGUUGGUGGGGUGAUAAAGGUACCGAGAUUCGUCGACCUUCGCUCUGCACCAGUACUGACCGGCGUCCAGGGCUUACAUACAUAAAGUACCAUUUUCCGAUUAACUAUACGAUGCCGGAUUACGUGGGUAUUGUUAACGCUACUAUGGUGGAUUUUGCCUCACCACCGUUUACCACAUAUUUUGAGCAUAAGCUCGAGGGAGAGAUGUUGGCCAGACUAGUGGGUUUCGUGCGGCCGCAACAUCAGUGGAACAACUCGGCCAUCCAAGUCUGUACCAGCUACUCUUCUGCCGUACUGCGCGCUGGUCUGGGACUUUAUCUCGAUGAGCUUGUCAACGUAACUACACAAAGCUCGAAUCAGAGUUACUGCAGCAACGUCCAACUGCCAACCACAGAACAACCUUUCACCAUAGAUUUUCAGGCUCGCCGACGGAUUGGAGGAAACGGAAUUUACAACGCCUAUCAAAAAACCAAGAUGGAACUACAGCACCUUCAUAACGGUCAGCUGAACGCCUUUACAUUCGAGUACUUGGAGCCGUAUUACUCUGGCAAAUGCAAUCAGUACUCUAACUGCCUCCAUUGCCUAACGGAUGCCUCAUGUGCUUGGUGCCCCCUAACUAGCAUUUGUCACCUGCGAUCCGUUAAUGAAACUGAAGUAUGCAGGAAGGAGACUUUGGAAAACGUUCAUUGGUCGUACCUGAUUAGCCAGCCCAGUCAAUGUUCGAACUGCACAAAUUAUGUAAGCUGCGAGGCCUGUGCUCAAAGUGGAGAAUGCGAGUGGUGGACGGAGGACGCUCGUUGCGGCAGGAUCGGCAAGUCUAACAGUAGUGUGAGGGCGGUGGAACAGUGUCCCAGGUCCUGCAGAGAACGAAAUGGUUGUCAGGAGUGCCUCGGCGAGCGUGGACGAUGCGUUUGGUGCGAGGCCAGCUCUCAGUGCUUCAGCUUUUCUGUCUACACGAGUGAGUACCAGUUUGGAAUGUGCCGAGAAUGGAUGGACCAGGUAGUGAGUCGCCAGCCGCAAGACCAUGCGGAUCAAAAACUGCAGCAAUCUCCGUAUAUUCAACAGCAGCAGUGCAAAUCCUGCGAACAGCAUCGAAACUGUUCAUCUUGUCUGAGGACGUUGAGCUGUGGCUGGUGUUUCGAUCGCGACAAUCCCAUAGAAGGGAUCUGCAUGCAGGGCGAUUUCAGCUACAGCUCCGGAAAUUGUUCUCUGGCUUUGAAUAGUUCUUCACAUCAUGACGCGGAAUGGGCUUACGCACAGUGUCCAGAUGUCGACGAGUGUGGUCUAGGCCUACACGAUUGUCACAAGGAGGCCAAGUGCACUAACACCCAGGGCAGCUACAAUUGUCAUUGCCGGAGAGGUUAUAUAGGGGACGGGAAAUUCAGUUGUGUCAGGACAUGUUACGAGUUGUGUCAAAACGGAAAUUGCUCGGGUCCUCCGGAUUACACUUGUCGUUGUGCUUUGGGCUGGACCGGACCCGAUUGCGGUCUUAGUUGUGGAUGCAAUAACCACUCUACUUGCAGUGAGAGAUUGGGGAAAUGCGAUCUUUGCCAAGAUUGGUCAGAAGGUGAAAAGUGCGAACGAUGUCGCCAGGGCAGCUACGGGAAUGCCACUGCUCCUCAUGGAUGCCUACCUUGUGAGUGUAACGGACACGGCCACCAAGAUCUAGGAGUCUGUAACGUCAGCAAUGGAGAAUGCUACUGCAAGGAUAACACCCAGGGUCUCAAUUGUGAUUUGUGUGCUCCCGGCUAUUACGGUGAUCCCCGAGAAGGCGGAAAAUGUUACUACCAAUGUGAAUCUAGGGGAAUACUGACCAAUAUUGGCAACAGUGCCAUUGGCUCGUAUCAGUCUUAUCGGUCGCCCUGGGGCGCAAGUCUGGAGGUGAAGGAAUGCUUGUGGAUAUUACAACCAAAGACUCUACAAGCAGAGAAGUCGCUUCUUCAACUAGAGUUCCAGUGGCAGAACUUGGCCAUGGAUUGCGAUGAGAAUGCAGUGUACAUAUACGAUAGUCUGCCAGAUCUGACAGGUGCCACUCAGCAAAAUCAGCUUCUGGCCGUGGUAUGUGCGCCCUACAGUUCAGCCAGAAUUAUUGAGGCACGUUCCAGUCACGUCACAGUUCACUAUAAACAGGGCAGUGAAAGGCGACACUUUGGUUUCAAUGCACUUUACUCCGUUAUGAAUUGCGUGGCCGGAAGUUGUCACCAUCCUCACAUCUGUGACGCCCAGCAACGAUGCGUUUGUCCGGCAGGAUAUGUAGGCGCCAAAUGCGAGAUUGAGAUAUGUCCGAGCAACUGCAACGCCAAGAGGAUGCAGGGAUUCUGCGACACCGAGUAUGGCAGGUGCAUCUGCAGUAAUGCCAAUUAUGCGGGGGCAGAUUGUGGCACAUUAGUUCAGCGUAACCACCUGGUCAUGACGGAGCUAUUUAAUACGCAAUUGCUAAGUGAAAGUCUAGAGCAUCUGAGAAAGACCAUACCCCGCUUUGGACAUUCAGUGAAUGCAGAUCGUAGAGGAUCUCUUUGGAUGUUUGGUGGCUAUUCACCUAACCACGGACCCCUCAACGACUUUCGGCAAUUCGACACGAAAAAUAGCACCUGGCUGCAGGUUACUGUGGAGUCUUCCACCCCAGAGGAUCGCAUGCCCCUCGGGCGAUAUUUCCACGCAUCUGAGAUCUACGUUAAAAAGCAAAUUAUCUAUAUCUAUGGAGGAAUCGGUUCAAACUCUCAGCUCCUAAAUGACUUUUGGAUGUUUUCGAUACAGAACCAACGAUGGAGCCAGAUAAAGGUGGAGGUGGAACCUAGUGGAGCGGAAUAUCAGGUUGAUGUACCGCCGCCUCUAGCCGGUCAUACGCUUACCCAUUUGCGAUAUCAGGAGCACGAGUCAUUGAUUCUGAUUGGUGGACUUACUCUGAAUAAAUCUCGACCUCUCGAACUGUGGGAACUCAACCUGGACACUGGUCGGUGGCAACAGCUGGCGGCUGUGGGUGCCAAAAUGCCAGUUCUUUAUGGUCACACUUCUGUCUAUCAUCCGGAGACAAACAGUGUUUAUCUGUUCGGAGGAUAUUCUACAGAGCCACAGAGCAAUCUUUAUGCAUUGGACUUACAAAAACUGAGCUGGACGGAACUUCCCAGUUUCAGGGAACUAAACUCACCAGCCUCGUUGUUACCCAGGGCUCGCUAUUUCCAUUCAGCCGUAAGCACCGAACACUACAUGAUUCUUUAUGGUGGACGGACGCAGCCUUUUAAUGGAACAGAUGUUCUUAUUGCCUAUGUGUACGCCUGUAAUCAAUGGGUGCGACUGACAGAGGAUGUGGAGCUUAUAGGUCGUGUUCCGGCCUCAAGUUAUGCUGAGGAUAUGGCCAUUGAUCCGGAUACGGGUGUGAUUUUUGUCAUUGGCGGAUGGGAUGGCAGUUCCACGCACAGUCAUGUUACAAAAAUAACUUUGCCCGAUGAUAUUUGUCAGCUUUGGAGUAGUGGAAAGCCUCAAUGCCGACACUACAUGGGCUGCAGCUACUGUACGAUUCAAAACACUUAUAGCUACAGCAGCCACUGCUUCAGUCAUGGACGAACUCCAUGUGCCAAUCACAAUGGCACGUUAGUGGUAAACAAUGGAGCUGCAUGUGAUGACGAUUGGAUGGCGAGCAGGAAUUGCUCGAGUUUCGCCACCUGCGGCGCCUGUCUGGCAGCUUGGCCAACCCAUCAAGAAGUAGCUCCAGUCUGUCAGUGGUGUGAUGAGUGCGGCAUUCGUGGAAGAUGCGUUCCUGCCGGAGUUGAUUGCGGCUGGAGGAGUGCCUGGUGCAAUAAGGAACUCAGUGUGGGAGUUUUGGGUCUGUGUCCCCUCCCUCAGUGUUAUCAGUUAAGCUGUGAGAGCUGUAUGCUUCAGCCGCAAUGCAACUGGGCGAGGAAUGAACUUGGUACUGUGGAGUGCAUAGCCAGAGAAUUGGUAGAAAAGAAUCAAUACAGAGUUGUCGAAAGCUGUCCCCCGCCGUGCCACACCCACGAGAACUGCAGCUUGUGUCUAAGUCAAACGGCAAAUCAGGAUCACCAGGACUGCAAGUGGUCCACCAUGCUAAAUUUGUGCCUGACGCCCAGUUCCCAGCCGUUACUUUGUGCUGGUGGCGUUUGUGGAUUGGUGCUAGAAUCCAGUGAGGUGGAACGCUGCCCAGAACCAUGUCACGUGUACACACAAUGCUCUAGCUGCCUGGAGCACGCCCACUGUGGUUGGUGUGCCCGCGAAGGAUUCAAUGGCGACGGCAUCUGCACGGAGGGAGCUUUGGAACACAAGCAGGAACACCCAUCGGGUUCCACUUGCGAUUUAAUAUACUCCAGCUGGCGUAAUGACUCACUCUUAACGCCAGCUGAUGUCGUCUCCUGGCACUAUGUGCAGUGCCCGGCAGAGAAUGAGUGCAUCAAUGGCCAUCACAACUGCGAUGCUGUGUCGGAACAGUGCAUCGACCUGGACACAACAGUUGGAUACAAAUGCGUCUGUGCCCAGGGAUAUCGCGAGGAACAGGGUGCCUGUAUGCCUGUGUGCAGCCAGGGAUGUGUUCGGGGCAAUUGUGUAAGUCCAGAUCAGUGUCAGUGCGACUUUGGCUACGUGGGCGCCAAUUGUAGUAUCCAAUGUUUGUGCAAUGGUCAUUCCAACUGCGAAUCCAGCAGUCGUCUGGACAUUUGCUUGAAGUGCCAUAACAAUACAAUGGGAGAGCAAUGCGAGAAGUGUCAGCCGCUUUUUGUUGGCAACCCACGGGAAGGUCAUGCUUGCCAGCCAUGCCUUGACUAUUGUCACGGCCACAGUGACGUCUGUGUGGCCUAUGAUGCAGAUCCGGCGGUAUUCAAUAUGACCCGUUCUGAGCUAGAAAGGAUACUACCCGAAGGUCCAGCGUACAAUGCCACCUGCUUGCGUUGCGGUAAUCACACGGCUGGAGACCGCUGUGAUAGCUGUUUGAAUGGCUACUUCCGUGGUAGCGAGGACCUGCACAAGGAGUGCCGGCCGUGUCAGUGCCAUGGACAUGGAAACAUUUGCGAUCCCGUCACCGGAGAGAAAUGCAACUGCGCCAACAACACGGAAAGUGAUGCCACCUGUACCGCUGGUGGCGGGAAGAACUCGGCGCAGCUCUGCUGGAUGGUUCAAUGCUCUAAGUGUCGUGAUUCCUAUGCCGGCAACCCCACAGAUGGACACCAGUGCUACAAGCAAAUAACUGUCGAGUCGCGGAUGUGCUUCGAUGCAAAGCCUAUUGAGGAAUGCAAAUCGAAGCCAGCUGCUUUGAAGCCCGGCCAGACUGUGUUCUUUGUCAUCCAGCCACGCUUUAUGAAUGUGGAUAUACGGAUUAUUAUCGAUGUGACACAAGGCGAGUUAGACGUGUUUAUGUCGCCACAAGACGACUCCUUUAUAGUUGAGACCAAUGAGACUACCGGCUACCACGAAAUCUUCCUUGACAACCGAUAUAAUUGGGGCCCGAAAAUGAAGCGGGAGCAUCCCCUAAAUGUAGCUUUACCAAGACACGAUAACGUAACGAUCCAGAAACUGUUUUCUCCUGAGCGUCGCAUUGGUGGCGGUGGCCUAGGAGGAGGUGGAGGAGAGAGAAUAGGAGCCAAUGCAUACUAUGUGCCCCAGUUACAAGACUGCAAGAGCCAUGGGGGUCACAACUUCAUAGUUAAGGAUCAGCACGCCAAAGAUUUGAGUACACAUGUCACGCUUAAUCAUUGCAACACAUUGUUGCGUCUAUUUGGGCUAAAGAAUCGUUUGGUGCUAACCCUGCCCCAACAUGCUCACAAUUUGAGUGCCACACGGUUCUUUAUUGCUUUGCGAGCAAGCUCUGGACCUGAACCCAGUUAUGGUUCCGUUGUAUUCCGCCAGGACCAAUUGCAUAUUGAUCUAUUUGUGUUCUUCUCAGUGUUCUUCUCCUGCUUUUUCCUCUUCCUCGCUGUCUGCGUGAUUGUGUGGAAGGUGAAACAGGCGGCGGACCUGAGGCGAGCUAGAAGACAGCAUGUGGUGGAGAUGUUGCACCUGGCCAAGCGCCCGUUCGCUCAGAUCUUCUUGGCCUCAGGCAGUCUAGAUAUGGACAGUCCACAGCCAACCUCCUCCUCCUCUUCGGCCCGUGCCAUGCGACAGCGUGCUCGCCAAGCGCUUCUACUUCAGGAACAAUCUGCUGGCGACUCUCAACCAGUGAUGCACCAUACCAGUCGCCGCCAAAGCUCUCGUAUCAUGAUGGUAGCCAUCGAGCCUACAUGUGACAAUUUGGCAGCUGUAGGAACGGUUUUCAUUAGCCUACCAGGUCGCUCGCGAGCUCCAUUGAGCAUCGCCCUUGGUUCCACUCUCAUUUCUUAUUCACGGCAAUAUCCUUUAAAUCCCCGUCACUUUAUGCGCGCUCAAAGAGGUCAGAAUGUGGCGCAUCACCCGGCUUAAAUUGGAAUCUCUAUUCGCACGAACAAACUAGUUGUUAGUCAAUGUCUAAAAGCCGAACUUAGUUAAAUAUCCGUGCAUGUAUGUAUGAAGUACAUAAAGACAUUCGUUUAGAUAUCCGUGUAUGUAUAUGAAUAGUUUAGGUAAUUUUUGUACAUAACGUUUAGAUAACGCAAAUAAUUAUUACUAUGUGUACAUAAA